UCUGAAGAUCUGGACUUGUGUUGUGCAGGCGGAGUUCUUGUGUUACCAUAACCACCAUGUGUUGUGGAUUACUCGAGAUACAGAAUAGUUUCUUCUCCUCUUCAAAGAAACAGCUAUCUGUGCGCUGCACAUAGUUUUUCCUCCAUGGGCUCCGAGGAUCGUGUCGAAAUGGAGGCCGAAGACCUUGUUCUUCAUGUGGUGAUUAUCACUGUGCCAUGUCCUGGACACCUCAUUCCCGCUUCGCAGAUGGCCAAGCACCUGCUCUCCCUUGGCAUGAAAGUCUCGUGCUUCAACACGGGAAUAAAUUAUCCAAGUGUAGAACGCCAUUUUGAAGAAAAGUUCGGAGAGGUGAAGAUAGUUUUUAGGCCCUUGCGUAAGGAAAAUGAGUUUGUUCCCCCAGGAAAGCGCCUUGAAGAACACCUCGAUUGGAUACAACACCUCAACGAUGAAGCCAUGGCAGAGCGCUUAGCGGAAGCUCUGAGAAAUCUGACGCCGCCUCCAGCAUGUAUCAUCUCAGAUAUGUUGGUAGGGUGGUCACAGGACGUUGCCAACGCAUUCCACAUUCCGCGUUUUCUCUUGUACACCAUGCCGGCGAAUGCGCUGUUGUACAUGAUCACGAGCUCAACAUCACUUGUAUCACCUGCAGUGGCACCCAAACGUCCUCCAGACAUUUGGAAAAGCAUGGUGGACCCGACGUCUAGCAUCAACGACUACUUGCAUCGAAAUGCUAGACGCUUCUGCGAGGCUGCUAUGAUACUCGUCAACACUGUCGAAGAUCUCGAAGCAGGAUUGCUCGACCUGAUGCGCACCGAGCUCAUCGGCAAACCAAAUGUAAAGCUUGAGAAGCUCCUUCCAAUCGGCCCAUUGAUAAGGAGCUACGGCGGUGAAAUCUGCAGUGACAAUUCGGUAUCACACAACCAAGAGGACACAUCUUGUGCAGAGAUAUUCCGUUGGCUGGAUACACAGGAAGACUCAUCAGUGCUGUACGUGUCCUUUGGUACUCUUGUUACUGUGAAUGAGAGCCAAGCUCACGAACUGGCACAUGGGCUGGAGCAAUCUGGAACACCUUUCUUGUGGGUUUACCGACCCCCAGAAGUUUGCCAAGUUUUGCCCAUGGAUGCAUCGGUACAAGACUCUCUCCUCGAUGGCCUCCCCACAGGUUUUAUGGAGCGCAUCGAAGGGCGGGGUCGAUUGAUAACCCAAUGGGCACCGCAACAACUUAUUUUAUCACACAGGUCUGUGGGCGGAUUCAUGUCACAUUGCGGAUGGAACUCCACUUUAGAGGCGCUCUGGGCAGGGAAACCGAUAGUUGCAUGGCCUUGUGCUAUCGACCAAGAACUAACUGCAAGGUACUUGGUCGACGAUAUAAAAUUGGCAGUAGAAGUACACAAGAACGACGAUGGCUUGGUGGAGAGUGCAGAAGUAGCAAGGGCGAUAUCUCUGCUAAUGGACGAAAACACAGGCAGUGGUAUCAGAAGCUGGUUUGUGAAAAUGCAACAACUUGCACACAAAGCGAUAGGGGAAGGAGGAUCCUCCAAAACCAACCUGAAAACACUCGUAGAUCGUCUGAAGUCCCACCUCAAAACUCUCCCUUGAAGAAUGCACACUCAAGUUUCUCCAUUGCUGCACUUUCACUCUCCAUUCCAAAUCCAAAUUCUAUCUGUUUCGUAGCGAAGGUGAGACCUAUACAUGCAAUGUGUCUCACUAGCUGCUGCGCUUUGUGAGUAUUAGUCCACAUGGCUUCUGAUGUGAGUAGUUUUUGCCUGAUGAAAUUGUAUCUAUUAAAUGAACUUAAAGAAAUGUUGCAACAAAUUUUCUUAAAAAUUA